GUACUAAUUAUUAUCUUUAAUUUCUUUAAAAUAAGGGUGUAGAUCAUCUGUCUAAGUUCUUAAUUCUAUUGAUAUCAUAAUUCACUAAUUAACGUCAAUUAGUCUCAAAUUUGGGUUUUUGCUUACGCAUUAUUUUUAUUGUUGUAUCAAUGAUUAGCCCCUUGAUUCUUUUUCACCUGACCCUUCCACUUCAAUGAACUACCCUAUAGUUGAAGCUCUGCAGCAGAUUGAAGAUCAAUGGGGUUUAGAUAUCUCUGAGACUUCAGAGGAUCGAAUCAAGUUCCUUAAAAGGGAGUUCACAUUUCUUGGUUUCUUCCUCAGCUUGCAGAGCUUCAUAGAUUUAUCAUACAUGUUUGAUGUCAUACACAAAGUUCAAACUCUGUUUCAAGAUUCUGCCGCUGACCUCGGAGAGAUCAGCGUGAUGGAGGACGUUGAUCGUGCUACGAAUCAGUUGCAAGUCAAGACUCAGAUGGCUAAGUUGGAAAUCAAAUCUCAUUACUUAUAUCCAAAAGUCAACAAGGAUGGUAUUGCUGUUGUUAGCCCAAAAUCUGUAAUUGAUUUGAUUGAUACUGUUGUGGUGAAUCUAGGUGAUUUACUGAAGGUUUAUUGUUCUAGUUCACUACUUUUUGUUCCUGAGCCCAACAAAGAAAUUGCCGAUGUUUUUAAGGAGUUGAAGUUACUGAGAAAUUUUGUGUGCUUUGUUUCAGAAAGCAAAUAUACUGAUUUCUUCACGCAUUUUUUAGAGGUGGUCAGCUACGCAGGAAUGGUUGCCUGGUUGUAUCUCCCAAGUAAUGGUACUGGUGAAAAUCAAGAAAUGAAUUAUCUGCCUUUUAAUCUUCUGCAGAUGAAGAUUAAGCCCACUGAUCCAAGCACCCAUAAGAUUUAUAUUGAUGUGCUGCUAGCUCUACGAUUUGAAUGGCAUCCGAUUAUCCAAAUUGAGCAUGUAGCUGGUUUUGUGGAGACUCUUCAAUACAACUUGAAGACACUACCGAUUAGUAAUCCCAAUACUCAUCAAAUAGCAGCCCUUCAGGAGAUGCUGAACCUCUUAGUUGCCAAUCUGUCCAUACAAGAUCUGGAAUUUCACCUUCAAGAUAUUGAUUCUGUGUUGAUUGAUUCUGGACUUCUUGUUUACUCGUUAUGUGACGAUGUGACAUUAGGGAAAGUGACUAUCGAUUUGCCAGGUACCAUUCAGCACAUCAAGAUAUUGAUCUACCACAUCAUCCGGAAGGAGUUCCAGUCUAAUUUGCCAAGGAUUCAUGGACUAGGCUAUGUUGACUUUGUCUUAAACAAUCUGAAGGAGUUCCAAGACCGUUAUCCAGAUUCACUUGCUUUCUUCAAGACUCAACUUCAAAUGAUUCAAACUGAACUGGAGGGCUUGCAACCUUUUCUGAGGUCUGUUGCAGAACAGCAAUACAGUAAUGAACUUCAGCAUUCUGUGGCACUACUGAUUAGUAAAUCAUACGAGGUAGAAUAUAUUGUUGAUGCGUGUGUGAUCAAGAAAGUUCCUGAAUGGUGUCUCGAGCUUUGGCUCGUGGACAUCAUAAAGGACAUUAGAGCACAGGCAUCAGAGAUACAACUAAAGGAAAUGGUUGAGGUUGGAGUGUCACCUUAUACCGUUGCUGCUGACACUUCCUGUAAGUCAUCAAAAUUGUCAAAAACAUCGGCGAUCAAUGAAAACAUUGUAGGCUUUGGGGAUGAGAUCGAAACCCUAAGAAACCAACUAACAGGGCGAUCCAGAGAACUGGACAUUAUCCCAAUUGUUGGUAUGCCUGGAGCGGGAAAGACAACUUUGGCCAAAAGACUCUAUUUUGACAAGUUAGUUGUCUCGCACUUUGAUAUUCGUGCACAAUGCCAUGUUUCUCCAGCAUAUUCGAAGAGGGACUCUUUACUGUCUCUUCUGGCGAUGCUACAUAUUGAUGAGACCUCUCUUCAUAGUAAAGAGACUGAUGAAUUAGAAGAUAUCAUUUACAGAAGUUUGCACUCCCGAAGAUAUCUUAUAUUCCUUGAUGACGUAUGGGAUCAGAGGGUGUGGGGUGAUUUAAAACAUAACUUCCCUGAUAACAAUAAUGGAAGUAGAAUUCUUCUUACAACGAGAAAUCAUGUUGUUGCCAACUAUGCUAAAUUAGUUAGUGAACCUCUUCGUCUUCGCUUCUUGACCUAUGAAGAAAGUUGGGACCUACUAAAAAUAAAAGUGUUUGGCAAGGAAAGUUGUUCUCCUCUCCUUGAAAAUGUUGGACAAAAAAUAGCCAGAAAGUGUGAAGGUCUGCCUCUGUCGGUUGUUUCAGUAGCUGGUGUUCUCUCAAAGAUCAAGAAGACAGAAGAAUGUUGGAGUCAAGUGGCUAAGGGUUUAGGUUCCUACAUUGGCAGUGAGACAAAGGCUAUAAUUGAACAAAGUUAUAAGCAUUUGCCCUAUCAUCUGAAGCCUUGCAUCCUAUAUUUUGGAACAUUUUUAGAGGACGAGGAAAUCAAUGUUUCAAAGUUAACAUGGUUGUGGACUGGAGAAGGAUUUGUAAAGGAUCUCGAAGGCGAAAGUUUGCAGAACAUUGCAAAAGCUUACUUGGAGGAUCUUAUUUCUAGAAACCUAGUGAUGAAUGCUAAGAAGAGUUCUGAUGGUAAGGUCAAAUCAUGUCGUAUUCAUGGUCUAUUGCUUGAUUUCUGCAAGAGAAAAGCAGAGGAAGAGCACUUUCUACUAUGGAUAAAACGGGAUGGAAACGACAAGUAUUCAUCAGGUAUAUCCUCUCAGAAGCAGCUUGCACAACGUCGUCUGGUCUUCUAUUGUAAAGAGGAGAAUCUUGUAAAAUGGAGUUCGUCUUGCACACCUGUUGACUCUGUACUUUACAGAGAAGACAAAAGAAUAGACGUUUCUAGUCGCCAAGUUUCACAACUUUUUCACAACUUCAAGUUUCUUAAAGUGUUGGAUUUGGAGUCCAUUGUUAUCUGUUCUUUCCCAACUGUGCUAGUUUACUUGAGAUAUUUUUCUGCGCAAACUGCUCAUGAUUCAAUGACAUCGCUCAUAUCCAAUCUUUGGAACCUUGAAACGUUGAUACUCAAGCCAACAAAAGGAAAGUUGAAACUACCCGUUACAAUUUGGAAGAUGGUUAAAUUGAGACAUUUGUGCAUCGAUAACAGCUGUUUCACUUUAAAUGGUGUGGAAGGAUUACUUGAGAAGUUGGAAGUACUUUCUUCUCCAUAUUUGUCAUGUGCAAAUGAUGUGGAAUUGCUAUCGCGAAAAACACCAAAUAUUCAGGAACUAAUAUGCUCAUUUGUGGAUUUUAGACAAGAAUAUUUCCCUAAAUUGGGUUUCCUAACACGGCUUAAGACACUCGAGAUUCAUUUGGCAGCAGAUUCAACGGUAGUUGGUCCAUACAACUUUCCACCAAGUCUCAGAAAUUUGACACUAUCCAACUUUUUCCUGGGCAGUUGUCACGAAUCCAACAUUUCAAGGCUUCCCAACCUUCACGUGCUGAAACUGGUAUCAAUUUUCUUUGACAAUGACAAAUGGGAAGUAGGAGAUGGCGAGUUCUUUAAACUCAAGGUCUUGAAGCUAGUAAAGUGUGAAUUUUUCGAAGAAUGGAAAACUUCAGAUUACGCCUUUCCUGGACUUGAACAUUUGGUUUUGCGCGAAUGCCCAUAUCUUAAGGAGGUUCCUUCUUCUUUUCAAAACAUUGAUACUCUAAAGUCCAUCAAGGUAAAGUCAUGCAAUGAAUCUGUUGAGCGAUCAGCCACAAAAAUCAAACAAUUUCCGGAAGAAUUUGGGGCUGCCGAUGUAUCAGGAGGCCACUGGAAAAUGGAUGGGUCAACAGUCCAAGGCACCAGCAGCAUGGACUCAUUUUUGCGGAAAUAUAAACUCGGGAAAACUCUUGGCAUUGGAUUGUUUGGCAAAGUUAAAAUAGCUGUACAUAACUUAACUGGGCACAAAGUUGUUGUCAAGAUUCUUAAUCGUAAAAAAAUCAGGAACAUGGAAGAAAAAAUCCGAAGAGAAAUCAAACUAUUGAGAUUGUUAAUGCAUCCUCAUAUUAUACGGCUUUAUGAGGUCAUAGAGAGACCAUCAGCUAUAUAUGUCGUGAUGGAGUAUGCGAAAUCUGGCGAGCUGUUUGAUUACAUUGUCGAGAAGGGCAGAUUGCAGGAGGAUGAAGCUCGUAAUUUUUUUCAGCAGAUAAUAUCUGGUGUGGAGUACUGUCAUAGAAACAUGGUGGUUCAUAGAGACCUUAGGCCUGAAAACCUCCUCCUGGAUUCCAAAUGGAAUUUGAAGAUAGCAGAUUUUGGUUUGGGCAAUAUCAUGCGCGAUGGUCAUUUUCUUAAGACAAGCUGUGGAAGUCCAAACUAUGCUGCCCCAGAGGUUAUAUCAGGUAAAUUGUAUGCUGGCCCUGAGGUAGAUGUAUGGAGCUGUGGCGUUAUUCUUUAUGCUCUUCUCUGUGGCACCCUUCCAUUUGAUGAUGAAAACAUUCCCAAUCUUUUUAAGAAAAUAAAGGGCGCAAUAUAUGCUUUACCCAACGAUUUAUCAGCUGGUGCAAGGGAUUUGAUUCCAAGGAUGCUUAUAGUCGAUCCAAUGAAGCGAAUAACUAUUCCUGAGAUUCGCCUGCACCCUUGGUUCCAGGCUCAUUUGCCACGUUAUUUGGCCGUGCCUCCACCAGAUACAAUGCAACAAGCAAAGAAGAUCGAUGAAGAGAUUCUUCAGGAGGUGGUUAAGAUGGGAUUUGACAGGAACAACCUUACUGAAUCUCUUCGCAAUAGAGUUCAAAAUGAGGGCACUGUUGCCUACUAUUUGCUACUUGACAAUCACCACCGUGUUUCCACUGGCUAUCUUGGAGCUGAAUUUCAGGAGUCCAUGGAAUACAACCGGAUCAAUUCAAAUGAAACCGUUGCUUCUCCUGUUGGGAAAUGCCUCCCUGGAAUAAUGGAUUAUCAGCAAGCUGGUGCUAGGCAGUUUCCCGUUGGAAGAAAAUGGGCUCUUGGCCUCCAGUCUGGCGCGCAUCCACGUGAAAUAAUGACUGAAGUUCUGAAAGCUCUGCAAGAACUGAAUGCAUGUUGGAAAAAGAUUGGUCCGUAUAACAUGAAAUGUCGCUGGGUUCCUAGCAUACCCGGUCAUCAUGAAGGCAUGGGUAUUAAUUCCAUGCACGGGAGUCGGUUCUUUGGAGACGAUUCAGCCAUCGUUGAGAAUGAUGAUGCCACUAAAUUAAUAAAUGUGGUCAAGUUUGAAGUUCAGCUUUACAAAACUAGGGAGGGAAAGUACCUGAUUGACCUUCAGUGGCUUCAGGGUUCACAGUUCCUCUUCUUGGAUCUCUGUGCUGCUUUUCUUGCUCAGCUUCGAGCAGAGCCUUCGAGUCCUUUGAAGUCUCUGAAAUAAGGAGCUUGUUGAAGGCUAUUGAUGUUUUCCAGAAAAGCUCGUGCUAGUAUAUAAUUGGUAUACCAGCUCAGUUUACUGCAUGUCUGUUAGCAAAUUUCACCCUGCUUGGUCAGAGGUGCCUACCAACUCUUUUUUUUUUUUUUUUUAAUUCGCUAGGAGUUCUAGCUACUUUUGUUCUUAUUAACAUUGUCAGUGUAUGGAAUUUCAGUUACCUAAAAAAAAAAAAGUGACAAAAAUACAAUAAAAUUGAGUUCAGGGGUUCUGUGAGUUCUGUGAGUGUAUCAUAGCACCUUUAUUCGAAGUUCGGGGAUAUAUGUGAUUUAUUAAUAUGACUCGUUAUAUAUUGUGUUAUUUUAUUCAUAACUAUGAUUUGCUCA